UGGUCGAGACUGAUAGCGAACACCCCCUUGGCCGAGAACUCACGACGAGAUGCUGCCAGAGACCCCGUGAGGCGCCUGCGCCGCUUUGAGAAGGAAUAUGGCCAUCUGCUGCAUGCAUGGCGCACCUCAUCCAACCUCGCCAAAGACGAUGAGGCCGCGGAAGAAGUCGAGGAAUCACUACAGGAGUUGACACAUAUCCUCAGCGACGAAACCCGCCGACCCCUCCCGCACCCUUGCAUCGCGUUCUCGGCCACCAAACAGCUCUACCUCCCCAUUGCCAAGAUUGCCACGACGUCGUAUAAUGAAUGGAUCAUAAAGGAGGCUGUUUUGUUCUUCGCAACCCUCGUGGAGAGUGAAGAGGAGGCCUUUGUUGAGAGCGAGGCGUUCGCCUACUGCCUGACAAACCUGCUUGUCAAGAUCACGGGCGCCAACAGCAUACGCCUCGGUUCGGACACGGAGGCGCGUGUAGUCGAGCUAGCCUUCAACAUCACCACCAAGAUUCGCCUGGAGCCCAACAUCCUCCCAGCGUGGUUCAAAUCGCACGGCUCAGGACAGCAGGGGGACGGCCGGGGCCGGGACGAGCGUGACAAGUUUGAGGGGAGGACGAAGAAGCAGGACUUCCCCCUUUUCUACCUACUUGUCGACUACAUCCACCAUGAAGGCAAGGUCGGCGACUUUGCAAGGACAGGUCUGCUCUACAUCAUCGAGGCGGCUUCCAACUCGGUGGAGCUGGAGCAGUGGAUCGUAGAGAGCGACCUCUCGACGCUCAUGGCUACGGGUCUUGGUGCGCUCUAUAGCCAGCUGAGCGGGAAGCUGGUCAUCGACUAUCCGCCCCAAGACCUGCCGCCCAUCUUGGCCUUUUCCGACUACCAGCCUCCCGUUCCCAGCCUCGAGGUCGUGCCGUCAACAUCACCUGAACUCCAGGCUCAUCUUGAGACGUUCCUGUCACAUUUGGUCUUCUGGCAGGAUGUGCUUAAUCACUGCAAGUCGGUCGAGGUCAAGUCGACAUUGCUCGAGCAUUUCCAAAUCAUCUUCCUGCAACAAUUACUCUACCCUUCCCUGCUGGAAUCCUCGGAUAUUGAUGGCGGUUCUUCAGUGGCCGUAUUGACCUAUCUGCGCCAAAUUCUCGAGUCACUGGAUCAUCCUGACAUGAUCAACCUCAUCCUCCAUUACCUGCUCGGCCUACCCGACGUGGUCACAGUCACUCCAGAAGCGACCUCCAACUCCGUUAGUAAGGCCCGAAAACGGAAGUCCAUGGAUCUGGCUACAAUGAUGGCCUCAAAGGCCGACGAUGCUGCCGACCCUCUUCUCUUCACCCUCGUCGACCUGAUCCUCGCUUGUCUCCGAUCGUCUAGCCACCAGACUAUUCAUGUGACCCUUCAGCUGGUGUCAGCCGUCCUGAAGAGGCACCAUCGGUAUGCAGUGAUGACGUUGGUGCGGACCGAAAACCUUUAUGGAGAGAUCCCGCAUCGCACUGCUGGUGCCCAGCAACAGGAGCUCGAAUAUUUAAUGUCGCUUGCUGGCGGAAUUGGUGGCCAGGAUAACUUUGACGAGGUGUACGAGAACAUCCUCAAGGAUACAACUGCCAGAAUUGAGAGCCACCCUUGCUCUUUGAUGCUCACCGCACCCAAGAUCUCCACGACCAACCAUAGAUUCCCCACAGUCUCGGAUUCCUUGCCAGGCGCGCCACGAGACGUCCGCGCCCACACGAUACGGGCUGACGAUCCACUGCUCACCACCCUACUGGACCACCUUGAACUGUUCUUCCUGAACCCGGUCGAGACAAAUCUCGGCAUCACGGAGGUUCUAUUCGAUCUAGCAGUCUGUGGCUUCAUGAAUAUCGAAGGCUGGCUCCUGAGGGCACCGGACAAAUACAUCUAUGAUAACGAUGACUCGUAUCUUCCCCUGUCCCCUACGGGUGAUCAGGACGACCCUCUCGACUUGAAUGCUGAGGACAUCCUCUCCGACGACCCCAAGAAGCUCGAUCAGAUCAACAAAUGUCGACGUAGACCUGUUUGGUCCCCGGCCGACCUUCCGCGGCUCCUCAACAUCCUCCAGCUUCUUUCUGAUGAGGUGACUACCUUCCGCGGAUCAAUACCACGGUUCAGCGACCUCCUCCAGCAACGGCGUGAAGCCUUCCAGAUCGCCGACGCUGGUCCUCUCCCACCUGUACCGAGACAGGCACCUCCCCUUGGCAACUCGGGACAGGGCACGCCGGGACCAGCGCCAUCCAGUAUCCAUACUUCCAGGAGUGGCUCGCCUGUGAGGGCGGGUGGCUUCGAGGGCUUCGCACAGCGACUUCUCAAGGACCUGAAUGACCUAGGCACGCCUAGCCGUGGCAACAGUCCACAUGGCCGGAACCUUGGCAUCACAGGCGCCAGUGGAGGGUAUGGGAUAGGCACACCCUCGUCUCUCAACAAGCCUCCACCGGUGCCACCGAAGGAUCUGCCGUACGAUACCCCUUCCAAGGGCGGCGCGGGCAUGACAAGGCCGUUCUCUCCGUCAGGCGGUCAGAGGCUCGAGGAAGAUCCCAUCAAAGCAAGCCAGGCCGCCGCAUUCCAGGCGAUUGAUCAGCAGAUUCUGGCAAGAAAGGUGGGCAUUUCGACUAAGAAGAAGAAGGAGGAGGAAACGGCACCACUCCAGCUUGGCGGAAACAUCGAGGAGGCGUCGCAGGAUGAUGGAGACGACUCUAUGGAGAAUGAAGACAAGCCACCGCCACCACCUGCCAAGGAUAGCCAGCCCACACCAGCACAACGCAGUGAGCGCAGGGUGCCUCCCGAGGAGAAAAAGGUCUCCGUCUCACAUGUUCUCACCAAUGUGAUCAUCCUCCAGUCGUUCUUGUUUGAGCUGGCGGCUCUCGUUCAGGUUAGAGCUGGUCUCUUUGAUGAAGUGCGCUACGUGUAA